AUGGCUGGAGGCGCCAAGAAACCAGUUAAUAUCUUCCGCUUGAAGAAUCUGGGCGAACCCAGUGAGGUUUUCAACUGGAAGCUUUGGUUCGCUGUUAUCUCUUUCGGGCUGAUGGGUGCCGCCAGAGGUGUUGACGAGGGUCUCAUUUCCGGCGCCUUCAACUCCAAGGAUUUUCAGAAGUACAUCGAUUACAGUUCUUACAGCAAGGUUGAACAGACUAAUAUCAAGGCCAAUGUCUCGGCUAUGGUGCAAAUUGGCUCAGUGGGAGGAGCUCUCUUCGCAUUCUUGGUUUGCGAUCGAAUUGGACGUCUCUGGGCCACACGACAACUGUGUGUUCUGUGGAUUGUGGGAAUUGCUAUUUUCAUGGGAAACAAUGGAAGUCUGGGGGCUGUUUACGCUGGUCGGUUCAUUGCUGGACUCGGCGUGGGUCAGACUGUGGUUGUUGCACCAGUCUACCUGGCAGAAAUUGCUCCUGCUUCUAUUCGGGGCCUAUGCACUUGCGUCUUUACUGGCUUUGUUUACCUUGGUAUCGUCCUUGCUUAUUUCGCCAAUUACGGGUGCCAAGUGAAUAUUGGAGACACUACGCACAAAAGAUGGGAAAUCCCAACCAGCCUUCACAUAAUGUUCGCCGGAUUAAUUUUCCUCCUCUCAUUCCUGCAAUUCGAAUCUCCUAGAUAUCUUGUCAAGCAAGGACAGACAGAAGAAGCCAUUACAAACUUGGCCCGGAUUCGAAACCUACCCACAGACCACGACUAUGUUAUUCGCGAAUUUGCUGCCAUCGAAGCUGCUCACCAGGCAGAGCUGGAGGCCACAAUGGGUUCAGGUCCUAUCGGGAUUAUCAAGGAAACCUUCUUGGUUCCCUCGAACCUCUACCGCGUCUACCUUACCUUCAUGGCUCAGAUUCUAUCCCAAUGGUCCGGUGCAGGAUCAAUCACCGUUUAUGCGACAGAUCUUUUCAAAUUGCUGGGCAUCUCCGGAAACAACGAGAAUCUGCUGGUCACCGCCAUUUUCGGUAUCAUUAAACUCAUCGCGGCUGUUAUCUGCGCUCUGUUCCUGGUCGAUGUGAUCGGACGUAAAAGAGCAUUGCUUCUCGGAAUCACUCUCCAAGCCAUCUCCAUGAUCUACGUGGCUGGAUUCCUCACUGCUGUACCGGAGAUGGGAAUCGUGAGUAAUUUCGUACUUCCAGAGAACCAAAAGGGUGCUAGCAAGGGAGCGAUUGCAAUGAUUUAUAUCUCGGGAGCUGGGUGGGCGCUGGGUUGGAAUUCAAUGCAAUACGUUCUGACCGCCGAAUUGUUCCCCUUGCGCAUUCGUGCUCUGGCUACAUCUAUGGCUAUGACCCUGCAUUUCGCCAACCAAUACGGCAACUCACGUGCGGUGCCGAAUAUGCUCCUGUCCGUUGCGAAUGGCGGAAUUACCCCCAAGGGUACAUUUUGGUUCUUUAGUGCCGUGACUAUCCUUGGUGGCGUCUGGGUGUGGUUCUCUGUGCCGGAGACUGCGGGUCGUUCCCUCGAGAGCAUGGAUCGACUGUUUGCUUUGCCGUGGUACCAGAUUGGUCGACACGGUAACCGGGAUGCUGAAGAGCAAGAUGAGGCGAUGGAUACCAAGAUGGAGAUGAUUGGAACGAGCCAACACGUCGAAAGACAGGAGGUGCCAGACCGAGUCUAA